UGAAGUGUUGCAGGUUCGUUGUUUCGACAAAAGAAAUUUCGUCAUUACCUUUCGCGUCGAUUUCGAAUGAAAGACGCAGGACAUACUUAUCAAAUUGAUUUUUUAUUCAGCACAUUUCAGCAGGUUUAUUUCAUUUUUAGCGCGGGACCUACCUCACAUUAGUUGAUCAUCAGUGAGGUCAAUACCAAUAUUCAUCCGUUCAAAUCCAGGACACACUGGAUAAGUUGUGAUUGAUAGUAACAAAACUUUCUUCGUCAACAGUAUUUCUUGAUGUUCGGGUGUGAAUCAGAGACUUCUUGUAUUGUACCAGAACCAUCUCCAUAUAUCAUGAUUUUACUGCACGAUCUUCCAUCAAUAUGACUAUUUUAGAUGAGAUAAUGCCGUGAGGUUUGAAGCUUUUGGUCAUGUUUGGCGCAAAACUGUGUAUUCGAAUCAGACACAAAAAGAUGUAGAUUGUGGAACUAGAAAAAGCAGAUGAUGACAGAUAUCUUAUUAAUUUGUUGGCGAUCUUAACAGAGGAUUUAUUUUGUUUUUGCUGACAUCAUGGCGUCUAUGACAAUGCUGGAUGCCGUUCAGGCAGUGCAAAGACGAAAAUGGGAGUACCAGCAAGCAGUGCCUCCACUCGGCGGGAAGUACUGGGGAGAGAAGCUCACAGAGUAUGGUGGUAUUGGAGGCUACCCCUUCCAUGGACAACAACGAGUUCGUGAUCUCUUCGUCAGCCGAAGCCAUAGGCAUUUUGGCAGUGGCGUCACUAAGGCUGCGACGUAUGAUCAACCUUAUAGAGUGACCGACCUGAGUAAAAGCGGAUGCCGUAUUAAUGAUGAGAGGUUGUCAGCUCCCAUGAAAACGAAACUAAACAACUUCCCCCUUCAGCGCGCACAAUGGCCUGGGAACCAUCCUUAUUAUUCACAUAAAUCUAUUUUUGAAGUUUUUCCGGAAGUGAAGCCAAACGCCGAUCAAGAUUCUACGUCCGAUGGCCGAUCUUCUUAUUCGACAAAUACUACUAAUUCAUAUGAUGAUGCACUCCGACGUUUACAUCACAAGCUGUACCAUACUUCGCUCUACCAACAAACCUACAAAGACCAUUUUCAGGAUACGUCAGGGUCUCGUCAACACCCUUAUGGCACAACUGCUCCUCUUGACUCAAGGUUGGAGAGUUUGAGAGCGGGAGAAGCUGGAGGAAUGGUGGGGAGGACAGAAGGAGGGGGAUUGAAAGGUGGCAACCGGGAAGAUGUGGGGAAGGAGAGUACAGAUGAGGAGGAGAAGAACGAAGAUGAAGAUGACGAAGAGGGGGAUGAAGCGGACAAGGGCCAGGAUGAAAAGGAGGGAGAUGAAGAUGAGGAUAUUUCCUCUCAAGGUGGAUCAUCAGAGCUAAGAGGCAUCCUCGUUUCAGACGCUGGUAGGUCGGCCGCUCGACCAAAGUCAUCCAAAUCUCAAUCAACCAAACGCAGUGUCAGCUUCAAUGAGACACCGCAGGUUCAGAUCCUUGAUAGUCGAGCUUCCGCAAGAGAUGAUGACGUUUCGGAGCUCAGUUGUAGCGGUGCGGGGACUGUUGUUGCUUCUCCAGCGCUGCAAGGUACAGGUCCAUGCUGGCCACCCAGUACCUCUUUAGUCAUCGAGAACAUCCGAGGUUCACAGCUCCUAGAAAGGAGGGACAUCACCAACCCUCCUGCAGGAGUGUCUGCAGGAUCAGCGACAAGGGGUCGUACUAGUGAUCCACUGAAGAAGAUGUUGUCCUCUUCCAAGAUUGGAGAACACAUUGCGUACAUUCCUCGACCGCCUCUUGGUCCAAAGCCGUCAACGCUUCCGACGGUUCCUUUACCCUCAUCACUGAAGUCCGGUUCAUCCGCCAUAGCCAGUCUUAAAUCAGAUAGAUUGGACAAAUACCCUGCAGGAGACACUUUUCCCCUGACAAUGGGAGGCGAAGGCAUCGCACCGCAGCUUCUCGCCAGGCAGCAGAACCAGCCUUUCGUGAUACCGCCGAGCUACCGAAUGCAGCCGAUGAAGCCUUCGGGUGUGCUCGGCUCACUGCCAGGCCUUCGGCCGUACUCGGACCCUGUUCGGAAGCUGCAUGAUGAGAUUGCCAAGCGGAUUAUGAUCAGGAAAGGAUACCAAGCUGCACCGCUUGUUCUGCCACCAGCUCCUCUGUCGGAAUGCCUGACACCAUCAGGAAGCAAGACACCCCAUCGGCUUGGCCUCAGAUACAAGUCUGAAGCCCAUAAGAGGUACCAUACCAUGUACCCAGAAGAGAUACCAGACCUCAGGAGCACAAGGCAUUCUGGGAGAAAAUGCUUCUUCGACGGUGACCAUUCGUCUGUCUUCCGCGGAUGAUGACGUAUCUGUGACGUCAUUCGGUUGUAAUUUAUGUAAUAUAGUAUUCAGUUUCAAGCUCGUGUAUAUAAUAAACUACUAAACGCAGAAUGCAACUGCAUACGAAAAUUAUACAGGAAAAUAAUCUUUCUCAGUGGAGGGGGGGGGGGCUGGUUCCACAUGUCUAUCGCAAAAAAAAUGAGUCUUCUGCUAAUUCGCCAUUUGAUUAAUAUUUAAUUAGAUAAUGAAGCACUCACCAAGUCGUUUAAAAACUUAUUCAUGAAUUGUUUUUACGUUAAUGACAAUUUGCGAUACCAUUUCCAUAACAUGAUGCAGAACAAAUUUUCACUUUUUUGUGGGGGGGGGGGGCGGCUCCGAGAAUUUAUUUCAUAAAUAAACUGGGAGAGUGAGAAGGUGACUGUAAUACUCCACAUGCAAUCUUGGGACUAAAAUAUUUGUUCAUUCCGCUGGCUUAAUAUGUUAUGUUUACUGUGUAAAAAGUGUAAAUAAAGAUGUAUUUUACACAAAAAUCA